AUGAUCGCGCUUUCACCUUCAAAGUUCGCUCCAACUCACGCCAAUCCCUCGUCAAGCUCCUCUUCUCCAUAUGGGAAACCUCCAUCAGCUUCCUUCUCCAAUUCGCUCAAAUCCUCUCCAUGUUCGCACUUGCAUGUAUGCUCCAGGAGGUUUCGGACCCUGACCAUGACAUUCUCGAAGUCGUCGCCCAAGGAAGCGGAGCUCUCUGCCCCGGAAGAGGAAGAGUGGCUCAAGCGGCUCCCGCACAAGACCAAGCCGCUUUACUCUCACAGCUUGCCUUUCAUCGAGGCCUGGUCGAGGAACCUAGGGUUCUGUCAGAGCAGAGUGGACCGUGCGGUUCGGCUGACUGAGCUUCCCCAGUGGCACGCGCAGCUCUCUCUUGACGUCACCGACCUUUAUAUAAGAUACCUGAAAAGUGGACCAGGAAACCUUGAGAAAGACGUGGAGAGAAGAUUCAGCUAUGCAUUGAGUAGAGAAGAUAUUGAGAAUGCUAUUCUUGGUGGACCUUAAGAACAAGUGCCAUACUUUGUUGUCGAGGUCCCGUUGGUUUGGACACAGUGUCCUGCGAAGGAGAAGGAGCACAAUGAGCUCGAAGUAUCGAAAUCUCUGCGUCUUCCGGCUUUGGCAGGGAGAUUGUUCAUGCACCUUGUAUUGACAGUCCAUGUACUUUUUGAAUGCCCUCCUCACUUUCAAUUGUUGAAUAAUUGGU